ACAACAAUCUGAAUUUCAAAACAACAGAACUUGAGUUAUUUGGUAGGUAUUCUAUUCCAAUUUCCUUUAAAAAUAAUAAAAAAAUAGAAAUACUAUUUAAAAUAAAGUAAUUUCAAUGGAUUAAUUCUGAAAUAACUUGUCAAUACUAUUUAUACCGGUACGAGUAGGUCUAACCUAUACGGGUAGGCUAACUGAAGCAUGGAUGAAGUCUAGGAUGGCACUGGAAGCCAAAAAUUGCAAGAGUUUGAUCAUUCAAGUCGGCAAAGGCGUCAUACCUGCAGUUGAAUACCAGUCAAAAAUGAAGAUAGAGUUUUACCGAUUCAAAGAUUCCAUCGAAGACGACAUCAAGAAAUCGGACUUGACCAUCAGUCACGCAGGAGCUGGCAGUUGUUUAAAUGUGCUACAAGCAGGCAAACGUCUAUUGGUCGUCGUAAAUGAACGAUUGAUGGACAAUCAUCAAAUCGAACUGGCUGAGAGACUUGCUCUGGAAAAGUAUUCAUUUUUUACAACUCUGAGUCUCCUUACUGAUUUUCUAGAAGGAGAUGUAAAUUUUGAUGAAAUUGAACCGUAUCCAUUAGGACAAACUGGUAAAUUUGUUGAAUUUAUUGACUCAGUAAUGGGAUUUGUUGAUAGCUAAUUACCUAACAAGUAGCCUAUAUGGUGAAAAUUAAGUAAUACUCUCACUUAUAUUUAAUUUCCUUGAGAGAAAACGUUGUACUCUUUUUGAAACGAAGCUUGAAACUUAUUUUUAGUUAUUCGAAUCUUGUAGUCAUAUUGAAUAUGUACAGUGGUAUUAUUAAACAUUGUAAAAAGUGUAAUUCGAAAUAAAUUGAUCAUAACAAGUUUUCA